AUGGAUUAUUCAUUAAAUGACAUACCUUCUACUAAAAGGAGAAGAAACUUUAUCUCUAAUGUGAAUAAUGAUGUAAAGAGUAAUGUUGAAACAAAUUUAGAUAGUGAACAACUACAAAAAUUAAUGAAAGAGGUUCAAGAGUUAAAGACAAUUGUACAAUCACUUUUUGAAUAUAAAAAGAAACCUGAUACCGAAAGUAUACUUUCAUCUCUUGGUAUUUCAACUGAAUCAAGGAAACGUACAGCGAACCAAUCUUCAUUUCAUCCUGAAUGUCCUCCACCUAUUGCUCCUGUGCAAAAUCAUAUUUCAUCAUCUUUAUUACAAUUCCCGUGGUCACUGUUACAAGGAACAAUACCAUGUGCUAGUCCAAAUAAUAUAAAUCUAGCCAUGAUUGAUUCAUUAACAUUUGAUGGAACAACAUCAUCAAAUAUUCCGGGAGCAAGAUGGAAUUCACCAAGUUUAUUAGAGUCUGUUCGUAAAUUAGAAUCAAAUUCAAUAAAUUCAGGAGACAAUACAAUGCCAGACUCUUUAAGCUAUGAUGGUACUGACAUUACAUCACCAACAUCAUCAACAAAUACACAUCAAAUGCUUUUGAUGAUGAAUAGAAAUAAUAUUCAGAAUCAAAAUCUUUUAAAUAGUAUGUCAGUAUCACAAGCUACAAGUGAUCUUGCCAAGGUGGGAACAAGUGGGUCAUUACAGCAACUGGUCCAGCAAAUACAACAACAUCAGGCUGUCGCUGCAGCAGCGGCAGCCGUUACAGCAGCAACACAAUCACAGACAUCACCAACAUCUCAAGUGCAAACUGCUACACAACAUCUCUCAUCAAUUGCUCCUGUCGUAACAGCAGCUUUAUCAAAUCCAAGUUUAUUUUUUCCUUUAUCAGUACAAAGUAACAAUAAUAAUCAUCUUAUACAAAAUAAUGGACGAUUAUUAACAGCAACACCACAUCAAAAUAAUUCAUGUGGAUCAAAUUCAUCAUCAUCUAUAUCAUCAAUUUCCUCAAAUAAUACAACACCUAUUGUAGUACCUGAAAAGAAAAAACAAGUAUCUGAUGAUUUUGUUAAAAUUAUUCGUCAAAAUGAUUUGUCUGAGGAUCGUAUAAGUAGAAUAGAAAUUCCAGUUAAAGAGGCACUUCUUGUUGACUCAUCUUUUCGACCUUCUAGUGAACAACAAAUAAUACAAAUUGUUUUAAAAAAUAAAAAAGUUGAGGAACUUGAAAUAUCAGAAGUUAUGACACAACUUUGCAAGAAACUUGCCGAAAAAAGAGUAUUUGGUUCUAAAUUAAUGGCACAAACAACAGUAGCCGGACCAAAUCAUUCAACUUAUAAUAAUUUACCAAUAGAAGGAAUUAUUUACAUACAGCAUGUAUGUCGCAAAGUUCUUGGAGCAAAAGUAAGGAGUGAAGAUGAAUUUUGGGAUGUCUUUCGUGAUGCUAUGAGAAAAUUGGCAGCGCGUUGCCGUCGUGUACGACAUGCCCGAAAAACUAAAUCAGUUUUAGAAAAUAGCAUUUCAAUGAAAAAAGAAGCAUCAUCAGAUUCUUCUGGUGACUCUGUCUCAGAUAAUCAUCUCAAUAGUUCCGGUGAUAGCUCAUCUACUUUAUUAUUACCGACAUUAACACAAAUAUGCUAG